CACAGAAGUUUUUCUGUUAAGGAGCUUCAAUAGUGGCCGGAGUCAGAAACAAGUGGGACUAGAAUCUAAUAGAAGAAUGAAAUGAAAAUGAUGAAUAAGAGAUACUUACAGAAAGCAACAAAAGGAAAACUGCUAAUAAUAAUAUUUGUUGUAACGCUGUGGGGGAAAUUAGCAUCUGGGGCAAAUCAUCAUAAAGCUCACCAUGUUAAAACUGGGACCUGUGAAGUGGUGGCACUUCACAGAUGUUGCAAUAAGAACAAGAUAGAAGAAAGAUCACAGACGGUGAAGUGCUCCUGCUUCCCUGGGCAGGUAGCAGGUACCACCCGGGCAGCUCCUUCUUGUGUUGAUGCUUCAAUCGUGGAGCAGAAAUGGUGGUGCCACAUGCAACCAUGUCUUGAAGGGGAGGAAUGUAAAGUUCUUCCAGAUCGUAAGGGGUGGAGCUGUUCCUCUGGGAAUAAAGUGAAAACAACUAGGUUGUCUUAUAUUCCCUCAGCCGUGGCAGUAUUCGUGGAGCCAAGUGUGAGUGUACUACCUCAAAAUGCCAGCAGUGGAAGCUGGUAAGCAAGUGGGGAAAAAUCACCAAAGGAAUCUCUGAAGCUUGGGACAAAGGCAAAAAACACAUCAGUACUGCACUAACAGAGCAGCAGGUACCCUUAUAGAGAAGGUAACAUUACAGGUAAGGAAAUAAUUUACAUUUCUAUUUUGAUCUUAUCCACAUACCUUAUUACUCUCCCCUCAAAAUCCCAGGAAAAAAUACCCACAAAAAAUUUGAAGAAGUAUAAGAUCUCAGACAUGAUUAAUUUAGACUGCCUGAUUUUUUUAGUGGGGAUAAUGUGAAGUUCAAUCUUACCCCAUUUAUGGAAAAAUGUAUUAAAAUAUGAAAAUCCUUUAUACCUGUAAGGCAAUUUUAAACCUCAGUCUAGUUUUAAAACAAGGGUGGUUUUGUUUUUCUUUUUAAUUUGUUUUGCUUUUUCAUAUUUAGAAUAUAAACACAACUUGUUAUAAGUUUUCCUUUCCAAACCAAAACAAGUGUAGGUUUAUUUUUAGGUAAGUGAAGUCAGAUAAAGCCAAAACCAGACAGACUCUGUUCCCAUCCCUCCAUCUCCUUUUACUUUCUUACAGUCAAAAGUGUAGCAAGACUCUUUAUUAUGCUUCAGGUUCCUCAUAUGGAGAAAGGAAGGAGGUUGUUUUAUCUCCCACUUGGGAUGAUUAGGUGGAAUAAGUGCUAUAGAAGAGAAGUAAAUUUCAUUUAUUUAAUUAAUUGUCUUGCAGUCUUUUAUGCCGUCAUGCUGCAGUCCCUCUAUGGAGUUGCGAUCAAUGCAAAAACCUCAAGAGGAUAUAUCCUUGUCUGAAUUGCUACAGUUAUUAUCUGUUACAGAAAGUAAAAUAAGGCAAACGUGUAAAACUCCUCAAGGCCGAAUGGAGAAGUAGAGAAAGGAGGUUUCUGCUGUGCCUGAUGACAAUAUUUGUUUUUUCCACACAAAAAAUAUUCUGGCUCCACGUUGGAGCACUAGUUGUGAUGAAUCCUAGUCUUGGUCGGAUUCUAAGGAAGGGCCAGAACGUUCGUUGAGGAAUAAAGAGUCACACCACUCCAGAAAAUGUGUUCCAGCCCUCGUUUAUUACUCACAGAGCAGCAGGUCUUUAAUAUUUUAGAGAAGAAUGCUAGGGGUGCCAAGAUGGCUUUUCCUUGUCUCAUGAAAUUCCACUUAGCUCAGGGUAACCUGAUAGCUAAAGACAAAUCAAGUCAGUAUCAAGGCUGAUAAAAUUAAAUACAACAAUGAGAAUUUCAUUCCUCCAGGCAAUCCUUGAAGUGAAAUUUUAUACUGUUGGAGUGUAUCCUUCAGAAUCAAUUGUUUCAAUGAGAAUCUGUCUUGUAAUCAGCAACAGCCUUGAGAUCAAAACUACUGGAAAGUCAUUUUGAACUUCUGUGUCACAAAGAUUUCAACUGAUUGAACUGUGUACACUUGUAAAAUUGCACUUGCUGAGGAAUUUGCAGCUGUAAUCAUGUGUUGAUACUCUAAAGGUGCAGAAAAGCAGCAAACUGUUGGAUUCUCCAUUGCAGACCAGUGGCUUUUCAUCUUGAUGAAGUCAACCUCCAAACUGCAUUGGAUCCUUCCCUCUAAAAUGAUCCCUGGUCCACUUUCAGAUUGCUGGUGGUACUGCACAUUGCUUUAAUUAAAUUUCUGUUGCAGAAAUGGUCCUCUGGCAUGGCGCAGUUUUAGACAUUUUUAUUUGUGUUCAAAUCUUGCAGCUCUGAAAGAUACACAUUUCAACAUCUUGAAGUUGCUUUUGUUAUAGGAAUGGAAUUAUAUAUCCAUUGUUAAUAAUUAUUGUUGACAAGUAAUAGUUAUCUGAAUACACCAGUCAUAUUAGAUUGUAUAGUCAGGCUGACAUGUUUGCCUAAGGCUAAUCAGCCACUGCAACUUAACAGUUAAAAAAGUAGUGGUCAAAACUCAAUUACCACCUCCAUUAUAAAGCAUUUUAUACCUCUAAGAUAUACAUUUCCAUUUAGUUUGAAGGAGAUGGGUGUUCCCAAUGUGUACUUUACUUUCCUAACCUUUAAUUGAUUUAAGUUCAUGGUAAGCAGUCAAUGAUGGUAUUUCAUCUUUUUUUUGUCAGGGUAGGCAGGGAUGUAAAUGAGUUUUGCCAUUAUGAAAUUGGAUGGUAAUCACUCAGAAUUUUUGUCUUUUUAUUAAAAAAUAAAAUCUCUUACUUGAACCUAAGUACUGAUGGAUGCUUAUGUAGAUGUCUGCUCAGUCUGUUUGCUAUAAAGGAAAAAAGUCCUAGUGCCCACCCAGAUUUACACUUCAUGGGUAUUUUGCUUGCUUACAGUCAUCCAAUUCAGAUCUGAUUCUUUCCAAAAUUUCUUUUUUCUUUUUUUUUGGUAGCAAUUUUUUUGAUCUUUGCGAUGUGCUGUUACAUGAAAAAAAAUCCUCAAUAUUUAAAGGCCUUAAGCAUCUCUGAGCUUUUUUCUAAGUUAUUACAGAAUGUAUAAUUUUAUACUCCAUUUAAUAUAUAUUGUACCAUCUGUAAUGUUGAUACAACAGAAAUUUGGCAGUUCCUUUUAGAAACACUGCAUAAAGAAGCUGACCAGAGAGGGUAAGGGAAUUCUGACUUUAUGCUUUGGUGAAUUGACAUGAAAGCCACACACACAAUGGUAGUAAAAAGUAUGUAGGAGUAAGCUUAUGUGUGGUUACCAGAUUCACAAAAAAACCCCCCAAAACCAAACCACAAACCAAACAAACAAAAAACCCCCCAAAAGACAAAAAAACCAAAACAAAACAGAAGAGGGAAAAUAUUUUAUCAUUACAAACCAUUGACAUGGCUAGUUUAGUUAUAUAUUAGUUUCCGUGAUAGAUGAACACCCUGGAGUGCUCUGCCUGUCACAGUAGCCCCUGUUGUUCCAAAACCAUUUCAUUACCUCUGCUUUAUUAUUGCACAGGAGAGCUUAAAUAAAAUAAAUGACUGUUGGGAAUAAAAUUGCGAAGUAUAUUCUAUCAUUCUGCUGAGAAGUAAUAAAAAAUUUUUGGCAGGAAAAGAUCUUAUUUUCUGAUUAAAAUUUAAUUAGAAUAAACUGUAGCAGCAACUAGGUAUCCCAGUAUUUUAGGAUGGAUUAGUAUUGUAUGGAUUUGUGCUAACAAGUUCAGGACAGAAGGUAACAUCUUAAAGAGAUUGUCUGGGACAGUGCAAAAUAUAAAUGUGCUGUUUUGUAGACUCUGAAUAUGGCCUCUCUUUGGCCAAAAAUCUAUAUCAUGCUUCUAACUAAAUGUUUUCUUUGUUUUCUUGUUCUUAAACCAAUACUGAAAGUACUGUAUUAUAUAGAAGUGUAACACAUGCAUAUCAAUAAAUAAAAAUAAAUGGAUUUUCAAAUAUAUUGAA